CUCCAAUAAAUGGAUGGUGGUACUGGAUCCCAUGCAGCCCGGUGGACCUUAUGAAGUGACGGCACAGCAGACUUUGAAAAACAAACUUAACCGUGGGAGUUCAUGAUGUCUAUUCGGAGAUGUCUGGCUUUGCAGUGGGCAAAGCAACAUGCAGAUGACGGUUUCACAGAUAUUUAAUGCCGUAAGCGAGCUGGCCAACACCACGGCCUACACGUCUGUCCGCAUCCUUUCCGUGUCUCUCAAUCAGGCAGAGCAGGAGCUCGAGGAUCUCGCUGAGGUUGACUUGGAGUGGUCUAAGCCCACCGCAGAAAACUUAGGCCAUGGGAGUUUCGAGUACAUGUCGGCCGUGUGCUGGCUCUUCGGGCGCAACCUGUACGACACGCUGCAGUAUCCCGUGGGGCUGAUCUCCUCUUCAUGGGGCGGGACCCCCAUUGAAGCCUGGUCAUCUAGAAGGUCGCUGAAAGCCUGCGGGGUCCCUAAGGAAGGGUUCACUUCACCGGCUUCUAUAAGUGGCCCCAGUAAACACUCUGUUCUCUGGAACGCCAUGAUCCAUCCACUACAUAAUAUGACUCUGAAAGGCGUGAUAUGGUACCAGGGGGAGGCCAACAUCGAUUUGAACAGGGACCUGUACAACUGCACGUUCCCCGCGCUCAUUGAGGACUGGCGCCAGACCUUCCACCUCGGCUCUGAGGGGCAGACGGAGCGCCUCUUCCCGUUUGGAUUUGUGCAGGUGUGUGUGGAGGGGAGGAGGGUCUACGGACCUUGCC